AUGUCAACUCCUCCACCGCCAGACCCAAACGCUCCCCUCACAGGUGCUGCUCGCUCUGUAAAUCGCCAAGGACUCGUCAUAAUCGUCUGGAUAUGCUUUACUAUCGCUACGCUCUUUGUAUCGCUUCGGCUUUUUGUACGAUGGCAUCAGAACAGACGCUUUCUUGCGGAUGAUUAUUGGAUUACCUGGGCGUGGUUGUGUACUCUCACCAUGGCCAUACUGCAGACGGAGCAGAUGGGUCCGCUGUGGUAUAUGACUUACCUCCAGGCCGGUCGCAUCGCCUACGAUCCGAGUGAGCUUGAGUUCCAACGGAGUCAACUCACGCGAUGGCAAUUUCCGAUCAUCAAGCUGUUCUGGAUCAUCUUGUGGUCUGUCAAGGCGAGCUUUCUGGCGCUAUUUUAUAGACUUGUACAGCCGUUUCCUGUCAUCCUUCGGUGCUGGUACGGUGUCUCGGUGUUUGCAGCCUCAGCACUCAUUGUGUGUAUCAUCUGCAGUGUCCUUACCUGCACUCCUCCUUCCAACUACUUCCAUGGCAGCUGUGAUUCCCCACGAGAACAAUGGAACCAGUCCUUCAACGUCAUCUUCUCAACGACCGUCGACGUCGCGACCGACCUCAUGAUCAUAGCGCUGCCGAUCGCUAUACUACCCUCUCUACAACUGGACAGGAAGAAGAAAGUCGGACUUGGCGUUGCCUUCUCUCUGGGUAUCAUCAUCAUCUGCGUGGCUAUUGUGCGCAUGUCACAGGUCAUCGUUGGAAAGAAGGUCGAUCUCGUGGGUUUGGCUAUCUGGGGUGCCGUGGAAACAGCGACGGCCCUUGUCGUCGGUUCACUUCCAGCACUCAAAGGCUUGCUGACACGAGGCAUCAAGAAGUACGCGACAUCGAGGAGUGGUCGAACAGAUCCAGCUAAUUACGACAGCCGAAGUUCUCAACGUCGGCGGGGUCACGGUUCAGCGAUGACACCUCGGGCUAUUGUGGUUUCCGAUUGCAUCCCUCUCGAUGACCUUCAUCGCAGUCGCCAUGUUGACGGAGGGAUAUAUGUACACAAAACAUUCACGACUGCUACAACGAGGGAUGAUAGUUCUUCUCAGGGCGAAGGGGAUGAAGCAGCUAUAGUGAGAGCACCGCCAAGAUAG